UCUGCCUUUUUUUUUUUGCGUGGACCUGGACAAUCAGUGAAUCAGAGCCUGGAGAUAUUCUUCAAUUUUGUCUCCAUUGCUCGGUCAGUUGCGCGUGGAAUUUGCAAGAUUUAGCCUUUAACAAUAUAGGCAUCGUGCAAGCAAGUGGAUGCAAGUAAAUUAACUUUGAAGAAGCAUUUGUGGUACCCGUGCAUUUUGAACGAUUCUUUGCACUGACUGUACCACGGAACUUUUCAAUGUAACUUGGACUUAGCAACUGUGAUCUUGGGCACGCGCGAGGUAAGUGAGUCUUGAGUAAUUCGUUUUUUCGUUAUCUAUUUGUAACUAGCAGCCUUGAAACCGCUCUUAUACACCAAUUUCUGCUCGAAUACAAGCUCAUCUGAGGUUUUGGCCAGCUUUUCGCGAUUUGGCCCCACUGUGAGCAGUGAUCAAACUUGCCCUUUUUAAGUUCACGUUAUUUCGUAGGUAUAUUGUUAUAUUGAUUUACCUACAUAGUUAUACUGAGUGUUUGAAUGUGUUACUUUGAGUUUCGAUAAAUUUCUGAACGUCAGGGUUGCCUGGUUAAUCUUCUGGAGUUUCGUUAGGGAUCGAGAUUAAAGUAAUAAGUCCGUGGUUCGUUUGAUGCAGAAUUAAGUGAUUUAAGUUUUGGGUGAUUUUAAAAAUAGUUGAAUAAAUAUCUAAAUAUAUCUAAUACACGCUGUCUGUUGUUCCUAUUGUAUUGUAAAUUCACUUGUUUAUUUUUUAACACAGUUUUAGUCUAAUAAUAGAGAUAGAACUUUUAAUUUCUGUUCACAUGGUCUGCAGAGAAUAAACAAAGGCUUCACUGAAGCUUAUGCACGAGGUAUGACUAGUUGGAAGUCAAUUUUAUAAUUUACUUUCAGAGGUUUUAUAGUCCAGUUUAAUCUAGUAUUUUUCGUAAGAUUUCUGUCAUUCAAGCUUUCACUGUUUUUUCACCUACUUUCCCCCCGCAUGUUUAGAACAAACAGCAGAGAGAAAGUGUGUGUGUGUGUGUGUGUGUUUGUGUUUGAACUGGCCAGGUCGUUCUAACAUUGUUUAGUGUUGGGUCCAGUUGCAUUCAUAGUCACACAGAUCGGGAAAAUAUUGUAAAAUAUUUAACUGCAAAAUCAGAAGACCAAGUAUUUAUUGUGAUAUGUAUAUGCAUGUGUGCAUGUCUAUGGUGGUUUGGUAGCGAUGUAUAUUAUUAUAUUAAACUAAUUAUUUCAUGCCAGCAGCCACGGUCCACAGUUAUUUUACUAAAAUUCUUGAUGUGAUAGCAAAUAUGUGACAUGAACUCACUUGAAUGUAAUGUUCCACACGAAUAAAAAAAGCUAAAUUUUAGACAAUAAAGUUAUAUUACAGUGUAUGGCCUCGCAGAUAUAAAGCUUCCAAUCUCGAUAAGUUAUCAACCUGAUUAUUUUUUAAUAGCUUGUAAGAUAAUUCUUGAUACGUAACUUACCUAAUGUAAUCAAAGUGUUAACCUUCACUUUCAAACACACAGUGUCCCGCGUUACGGUUGUGGUAUUCAGCAAGAUACAGUCGCGUCAUUCUGUCAACAACUGAAAAAUGGGAUUCGAGUUUUUGAAGUCCAAGUAGCGUUUGCCGUUAACUGUCAACUUAACGCUUGUAAAAUUGUCUUAAAAUAAAAUUGCAUUUUUUUUUAAGACGUAACUUUUAUGUAAAAUUAAAAAAAAAUCAAAUUUUGACCCUAUUGUGUGAUGAUAAGCCUGCAAGAAAUUCAAAGUGACUUUGGUUCGUGUGAUUUUUAGUUGAAAUGCGUGUGUAAUACCUACCUAUCUUUUUUAUGCGUUGUUGGCAAUUAGUUUGCAAACCGAACGAAAAAUUACUCUAAUUCCUAAGCAAAUGUUUAGAUUUUAUUUAACAAUUUAUCCCACGGACGAUUUCUUUCCUCAAACACACGAAUUCUAGCGGCGGGUGCGGAAAUUACGUAUGAUUCGCGUCCAUGAGUGUAGUUAAAAACACAUUAUUUUAAAGAAUUCUAAGUGAAAUUUCGUGUUCGAGUUUCGUACCAUAGGAGUAUUUGCAACAUGAGAAUACUAAAAGACUCGACUAAAUUAUUAUUUUUUUAUUAAAUGAAACGCUAGGGUGGAGGAAACGUUGAAACCCCGCCGGGUGAAGGUGACGUCCAACGCAAUUCCCACAGUGCGGAAGGUGCGGGUUUGACCAGGAACUGAGGAAUUUUUUUUUGGGGGAGGCGCGCGCACGCUCUUGUGUAGCCACGCCGUCCUUGGGCACUUUCCAGACGCCGUAUAGCGGCGGGGGUCGGGUUGGAGCAGCCACGACAUGGAGCGGUCCUCCGGAGGGAAGAAGGAAGACGCCGAGAAGAGGGCGCCGCUGCUGGCAGACCAAGAUGGCGGCCGUGCAGUCGAGCUGCUGCCCCCUGACGGCGGCUGGGGGUGGAUGGUGUCGCUGGGAUCCGCGCUCAGCAACAUUAUAAUGUACCCAGUAAUGCAAACUUUCGCCCUGGUAUACAAGGACAAGUUUACCAGUAUUGGGUUGUCGGCGACAGACAUAUCCGUUUUAAUCAACGUGAAUUCUUCUUUCGGCCUGUUUUUCGGUUUGGUUCAAGGAAUGAUCCUUAAGAGGUUUGGCUACAGAAAAGUUGCCAUCGCUGCAUCCUUCUUUGCCUUUGUGGGCGUACUGGCUACCAGCUUCGGAAACUCCUUUCUUCACUUUUUCAUCGCCUAUGGACUGGUUACUUCGCUGGGCCUGUGCAUGGUCACGCCGGCCUUCUCGCUGGCCUUGAACUCGUACUUCAAGGAGAGGCGAGGCAAGGCGAUGGGUCUGGCCAUGACUCUGACGGGCAUCGGGCCCAUGGUGAUGCCCCUGCUCAUCAGCCAGCUGCUGGCCUACUACGGCGUGACCGGCACGGGGCUCAUCAUGAGCGCUCUGAGCCUGCACUCUCUCGUCGGGGCUUUACUCCUGCAGCCCGUCAAGUGGCACAUGAGGCCGCGACCCGUCGAUCCUGCCCGAGAACCACUCAAACUAAAUAAGACUGUGGUCAGAAGAAGUAUCAGCACAGAAUAUGGUGUCACGUCUAUGCAAGUUCCAGUCGACCAUGAUAUCAUUGCUCAAAACAUUUAUGGAAUUGACACACCAAUCUUGCAGAGGAGAGAGUACCCACAUGAGCCAAAUGAACCGGAGGAUGCGGCAGCAGCGGCGUGCGAGAACGGGUCGUCGGGCGUGGCGGACCCGAACAGGCAGAAGAGCGGCUACAACUGGUGGUCCGUGCCCUCCGUGGACUCGGUCCACCUCGGCAGCUCGGUCACCAUAUUCGACGAGAAGUCUGCUCCGGAGAGGAAGGUGUCGAGGACCAGGGAGAGGAAGAUAACCAUCGCCGGGCCCAUACCGGAGGAGGACCACCUCGAGUUCGGGAACGGUCUGACGGUGGCCGGGAAGAACGACCGCACCCAGAGCUUCGGCACUCUGAACUCUAAUGCUGGUAAUGUGCCAGAUACCAGGAAUUCUAGUAAACUAGCAAAUGAUUUCUACAUGAACUCAAAGAAAAUAAGCGAUGCACAAGAUUCUGUUGCUACCAAGAUGACGGAUACCCUGGAAGAGCAGAAUAAGAAGACUUUUUGGAAGAGAAUCGCCAAAGAAAUGGACCUGAGUUUGCUGAAGGACUUGAGCUACAUCAAUCUACUUUUUGGGAUGUCCAUCGCCAUGACGGCGGAGAUAAACUUCUCUCUUCUCACGCCGUUGAUCCUCGCCGACUUGAGCUUCACGGACAACCAGAUUGCGCUCACCAUGUCCACCAUCGCGGCUGUGGACAUAGUGUUCCGGUUCCUCUCUCCUUUCUUCGCGGACUACAUGCACUACAGCGCGAAGACCAUGUACCUGAUCAGCAUGGGACUGCUUAUUGCGUCCAGGACGACCAUGAUGUUCUUCACCACGUUCGUCUCGCUGGUGCUGGUGAGCGUGGCGCUGGGGGUGGCCAAGGGCGUGCGGACGGUGUACAUGUCCUUGGUGAUCCCCGAGUCCGUGCCGCUGGAGAAGCUCGCGUCGGCGUCCGGCAUGCAGAUGGUGGUGAACGCCGUGAUCUUCCUCACCUGCGGCCCGUUCAUCGGUUAUGUUCGCGACGCAAGUGGAACAUAUAACGCAUGCAUUAUUGUGAUAAACACGUUGACGUUAAUAACAAUGAUAAUGUGGCUGCCAGAGAUACUCUACAAAAAAUUAAAAGCUAAGAGGACGCCUUCUGCAGCUUAGAAACUGUUGAUCACGCUGCCGAAAAUGAAUUUUAACGUGUUCCUGAUAAACGUAAGGUGAUAUUCACGAAAUUUGUGUAAGUAACUUACAAUCACACAUUCACGACAGCAAAACAUACAGAUAGUGGAAUCACUGUGUGUCGAUGUACAAAACUAUUUGAAAUUUAACUUCUUUGGUGAAGGGGCAAAAAUUUUCAAGCGUUACGAAAAUUCCGAUCGCGUUAAGUAGGGGGGGGGGGGGGGGGGGACCGGUAGAGGAGAUUGCAUCAAUCAACGGCGACGCCACUUCAACGCAUGCACUAGCCGUCGAAUGGGACGACGCCAUAAAAAUGGGGGGGGGGGGAGGCUAUAGGCUAUGCUACUUAUAACGGCCGGAAGGGGUGACGGUAGGGGAAGAGGUAGAAAUAACGCAGCAGUGAUGUUACUGAAUCCUCGUAACGCUGCUUGUAUUUGUCUACUUCCAGUUUUCGUAACGGCUAACGAUUGACGCUACCAUAUUUAUUUUCAAAGUAUCAAAAAUUUGUUUAUUCGCGUGGAAAAGAGUUAUUGAAAUGCGAAAUUAACGUUAUAUGUAUCAUAAAUUUUUAUGUGAAUAGUUUGAUUGAAGAUGUAAAUAAUUUUUCUCUAUCUAUACGUAAUAAGCAAGCUGUUUCACUUCUGUCGCGCGUGGACUCCUCGCAAAAAACAUUUUUUUUUUCGCAUGUGGCGUGAAAUACACUUAAUUCAGCACUACAUAGAAGAAAAUGUAAUAAAUGGUGAAAACCAACAUCAGCUACAUUAAAAUGACUUAGAGCAGUGGCCUAGCAAUUUAUAAGACAGUGGCUAUAACAUUUAUAACAAUACGUAAUUCGAAUAUUAUCAUAAAGAAACUGGAAAAAAAAUUUAUGUUAAAAAAGACUUUCAGUUAAUUCAACAAAAUUUUCAGUGGCAAAGUAAUAGUAUAUAAAUAAGUAGUUUUUAAUACCAGUUUAAGUUGAUGCUUUAAAACUUAGCGUUGGAAAAAAUCUUUGUUUAAGGGGCCCGCCUCGUCAGGGGUGUGUGUGUGUUAGUGAGGCGGGAUGAUAAGCGCGACGCUCGCUGGUGCUUCCAGCGCGGUAUAGCCUCUAAGCGCAAGGCUCUGAACUGACGCGCAGUCUUCUCGUCGUCACAGGAUAACUGUGUAAUUUGAGCGGUGACCGUAACAUUAUAUGGUGGAGAAAUGAAGAUAAAGGUGUUAUGCAAGCCCCUUAAGUGCUUUCAAGAAUCUGUACUGAUUGUUUUAUGCCUAAAAAUUACUCUGAAAACACGCGUUUUAGGCAUUUUAACGCUUCUAAAAAUACAGUUUAAAAACUUAAUCCGAAAUUAAAAGUACUUUUCGGCCCUCAGCGAACUCUUAAAUGCUAUUUGUAAAUAGGCCCCACUCGGAUAUCUUGAGUAGUUUUGAAAUCUCGUUGUUUUUCCUGAAGCUCUGCACACCGUAUGUGUGCCCAGGUAGGCGGGCCCCUUAACGCGAACUAAUAAAACAUUUAAAGAAGUAAAAAGUUUGUCCUUCAAAAACUUGCACAACUAAGCUGUGAUAGUGUACAAAAAUCAAACUAUGUACUAUUUUACCUGAAGUAAAUAAAACAAUCAAAAUACAUAGUUAUAUUUGAAUCUAAUUUUUCUGUUAAUUUUACCUAUUAAAAAUAUUAGUAAUUUUAAAGUCUAAAUGUUAAAUUGUUAUUUAAUGGAGAGAUAUCGAGAAUCGUUUGUAGUCUUUUACAACAUGUUACGAGUUUGUAUAUAUGUAUAUAUGUAUAUAUGUGAAUAUAAUAAAAUGAAUUGCUUGAGA